GUUGAGGAGAGUUUGCAGAGGAGGAAAGGUCCCCCACAAUGGAGAAGCAGAACCCACUACUUCCCUUUGCAUUUUCGGGGUUGUCUUAUGAAGACAAUUUGCCCUUGAAUACUUCCCCCCGAGACCGUAAAACGAUUGAUCAAAAUGCCAGCAGCCAGUAUCAUACCAGAACCUCCCAAGUCAGAAAACGACCAGUGUUGAAUUUCACACCCACACUUAAGCGUAAGAUGGGCGAGAGUUUCAAUGAGAAAGACGAUGUCAAAAGAAGAGAUAUGGAUUUUGGUAGCGAUCCAACCAUCAUUGACGAAGACCAAAUGGAUGAUGACGAGAAAAACUUUUCCAACACUAAUGACGGAAAGUAUGGAAACAUGCUUCCCCCAAGCAGUCCUCCAUUGGAAGAAAGUUUGAUGUCAGAAUUUGAUUUUACCACGGAUCCUAGUCAAGCUUAUGGCCUUCCAGACUCUCCCAAACCUUUGAACCAUCCCCAUCCAGAUCUCAAUCAAGGGGAAGAUUUUUCCGAUUUUCCCAGUGAGGUGGAUUUUCUUAAGCCAGAAAAUCGCCAGCCCAGCCUUUCUCAAACUUAUUCUCCGCAAAAAGGUAUAUCAAAACAUUUUAGUUCUGAUGCUGACUUUGGAAUCGAUCACUUUAAUAGAUUCAAAAACCCCAGUGCUAAUGGACUUCCUUCGUCUGAUGUGGACCGAGGGUUUGAGGAGCUCAAAAUUUCUUCGUUCAAUAAGGCCAGGGACUAUAUUAUUGAGGCUUUCGAAGAAAUAAGAACCACGAUUAAUUUGGAAAACAUGGAUUUGUAUGAUGUUCCCGAUGAAAUCAAGGAUUUGAACAACUUGGUCAUCUUCGACUAUGAUGAACCAGUUUCAUACCAGUUGUACUUAACUGGAAACAAAUUACGAGAGUUGCCUCCUUCACUAUUCAAAUUUACCAAAUUAAAUGUGUUAGGAUUGAGGCUGAAUAAACUUGUGAAAAUCCCACCUUCAAUCGGUAGACUUGUCAACUUGGUGGAUUUAUCGUUGGCUUCUAAUAGAUUAGAGUUCUUACCCUACCAAAUCUUGAAUUUACCCAAAUUGCAAACCUUUCGAGCCGGUCCAAACCCAUAUUUACCAAUACCCGAUGACGCCAUAGCAGUAUCAACUUCAACAUUUAAUCAAGAGAAACAGAAAGUUUAUGUGUCGCAAAUGAAAUAUCUUGCUCCAGAAGCGAAACAAAGCACUUUAGUUCCAUCUUUGAAAAGCUUCUGUUUGAACCAAGUGGCAAAGUAUGACGUGUCGUAUCAAGAGACCAAGACUUGGAAAAAGAACACCCCCAAGUUAUACCACAAUUUGAUCAUCCAGGCGAUUACCAAAGGUAAGUAUGACGAAACAUGUUGCGAGUGUGACAUCUAUGUGGUGGAACCAUUCGCGGAAGUGAUUGAGUGGUGGAAUUUCUUGAAGAACAAAAACGUACCUUUCAAACGGCAGUUUUGCAGUGGUGGCUGUGUCAAGAACUAUCAAUCGAGAUUUAUUAAUGAGUUGAACGAAUUUGCAUAGGUGUAAGGACCAUGAUUUUUAUCGCAUAUAACAAAUAUAUAUUCCAAAC